AUGGCCGUGACACUGCAGUGUCGCGGCUUCACUUGGUGUCGGUCAAAAAGCCGGUUACCGAUCCGUCGCACGGAGGCGUGCGAUCCAGGAGCCCGCUGGACUCUGGAAACGGCUAACGACGAGAGGGCGCAGCCUCCUUCCGUCGCUGUACUGCAAAAGAAGCGUACUGCCCCUGUCCACGCUGCAAAGUACCAGCAGUCGGGCAAACAGUAG